CACUUGAUUUUGAAUAGCACCACUUUUAAUAUGUAAAAAAAACCAACUUUCUAUAUUUAUUAAAAAGACUUUCUAUAUUUAUAAAAAAUAACACUGUCAUAUAGAAAUACUGUUGCUUAUUAUUGAAACUGAGAUUGACUUUUUUGUUGACUAUGGUGACAACACUAUUUUUAUCUUAUACAUAUUGAAUGUUUUAAUAGGCCAAAUUGCUGAGAUCUUUCUUUUUCCACUGUUAAUGUAUUUCAGAGACUUUAUGCAGAUAUAGCAGGAUCAGCAUUGGGUCCAUGGUACUUUACUGCUCUUUAUUCACUGUAUAAUAACUAUGUCUGCUCUCUAUUAAAGAUUUUCCCUUCCAGCUGUAAGCCACUAUUUGAAUAAUAUAUAAUGCCCUUCUUGACCUGUUUCAUUCAUCUACAUAUAAUUCCUGUCUCAUUUUCUGUUAUUCAAAGGGAUUUCCCAGGAGAUACCUUUUUCUCUGUUUGUGGUCUUUGUGCAUUAGCCUGCCUCCUGACCAAUGUGCAGUAAUGGAGGGCUUGUUCUGAAAUUGCCAUUAUUUUCCAAAUGGAAUGUGACCGUAGCAGGGCUUUUAGUUCCUCACAUGUGUGUGCUCUGAUGAGACAGCUUGCACUGAGCAGUUUGAAGUGGGCUUGUCAUCAAGGGACAGAUGUUGAGUGGUGGAGAGACACCUGAGGAAAAUGUACACUCUCUUCUGCCUUCGGGGUGAGGCUAAUCAUCCUCCUGCAGCUUCUUUGUGAACACGCCUUUGUUUGACUCAAAUAACUGUCCUCUGCCCUUCAGGGGCACACAAAUGUUAAAGCUUUCUGUGUUUAGACACAAACAGCUUUUUACUUAAAAUAGGACAAAUAAUGCAAUACUGCAGUAUUUCUACCUGAUACACUGUAAUGUCAGGUGUAUAAUACAUGAACCAUGUGCUGGCAUUCACAUCUGCUGACGACUUCAGAUAAUCAAAGAGAAUGUCAAAUGUGAUUGCUAAUGAAAUAUUCCCUUCAUGUGAGAUGAGGAAGUGGCUGCACAGCUGUGUGAGCUGUAAAGUAUCAUUACCCUCAUCACACUAACCAUAGCACAAAAAUAUUCUCUGAUAGUGAGUUUCUGCUCUGAUCAAUAGCCUCAUAAAUACAUGGAAUAUCCCAAGGCUGUUUACAAAUUGAAACACACAGCCCGAGGCUACAGAAGGCUCUAAAUGAUUUGCGUGAUCAAAGCCAAAGAAGCGACUGGAAACAGGAAAGAGCCAUCAGAACAAGUAGACAGUGGGACGAGACAAGUCAUCACAGGUACUUGGAGGCUGUGUGCAGCCGUAUACAUCUACCAUGCUGGCCUGUAUCCAAAGACGACAGAACUUCCCCUCACAGCAUCUCAAUUGCUCUACCAAAAGUGUCAUGGCUUCGGCACCUCCACUCCUACUGCCAGCGCCACACCUGCAGCCUGGCAUCUCAAAAGGAGAGCCUGCACCCAUGGUAUCACGGUACCCCUCUCCAGCAGAGCUGGAUGCCUUUGCUCAAAAGACCGCCAGGAGCCCAUUGACCAUUAAAAUCUUUCAAACUGAAGUGCGGGUGCCACAACAUAAACAGUUAAACAAGACUGUCAAUGGCUUGGACACUACAGGACAGAGUUAUAGCUCCUAUCCAUACUCUGGAGGCUAUCAGGGUUUGCUGGCCAUAGUCAAAGCCUCUGUGACUAUCAAAGGAGUACUGAAAAACUCAGACGGCAAAAGGACUAAACAUUCAAAUGGACAGGCAUCUAUGGCACCAUACAGUAAUGCUAUGAGUAACACCUACAGACAUGGACAUAAAGCUUAUCACACAAGCUCAUGUAAGUCAUCAGAUGUUCCCACUGACACACAGUGUUCUAGCACCAGGGUGGCCUCAGGGGAUCCUAGCCGGCUCCCCCAGGCAGAGUUGGCUCAAGUUCAAAGCCUGAUGAGGCAGAUGAGCAGAAACCCACACAGAGAGGCGCCGCAGCUGGGAGGGGAGGCCCGCACCAGCCCUUCUGUGCAGGCCGCUGCUGCUGUGGCGCCCCAGAGUGGGGUGACGUAUGCAGGCGCUGUCUUGCCCACACAGACGGCAGGCAUGGCCAAAGCUGUGUACUUGGACAAAGCGGACUAUAGGUCAUCGUGGCAGCCCAAGCAACAACAAACACAGCAGUAUCAGCAGAGAGCAGUGAGGAUGUACAAUGCUGGGAAUGGGACUCACAUUGGACAGUCUCCUGAAAGUGUCAUGUCUUUGGCCUACCCCUCUCAGCUGUCGUACAGGCUGCCUCCUCCCAAUGUGCAGGAGAGGGGGAGUGCCUCCUCUUUGAACUGCAUGCAGGGGGAUAUCUCUACUGGCCCAUACUUUGCUUCUCUCUGGGACAACAAUAUAACAUCUACUCCAAAUAGUGACAAUAGUUAUCAGUCUCAGUUGUUGGCAACAGGCAUAUGCGCUGCCAGACCAAGAGACCUGUCUCUUUCAAAUCACCAUCCUAAAUGCCACCAUCUCCAUCAUCACCAAACGCAGCACCCAGCGCUGCAGCCCCAUCCUCACAGCCAGCAGGCCUACAGUGCGGACCAAAACCUGACUGGAGGGCUGCCCACAUCUAGCCUGUGCCAUGCUGCUAUGCUCAGCAGCAGCCUGCAGUCUUUGGAGUGCCUCAUCAGUGAGAUUCAGCCUCCCUGCAUCAAAGAGCGCAUGCUGGGCCGUGGGUACCAAGCCAUGGGGAUGCCUCUGCUGCUGGAGCACCACCACCAGCAAAGCCACAUCCAGCUCCCUGUCUACAGAUAAGGCAGUGCUGCCACAAAAAGGACUUUUUCUAGACAUCUGUGAGAAUGAGACAUGCUUUUGUUGUUUGUGCGUAGACUACAGUAGGCUUUGUUUUAAGCCAGACAUGGAAUAUCAUAAUGUAUGUUUUUUUUUCCAUUGUUGUCAAAAAGCCUGCUGCAUUGCAUUUCAUGUCAGAAAUGACCACAUAUUCUUUGCAAACCUGCCUCAGUUAAGUUAGGUAAUUUCUUCAUUUCUAAAUUUCUUUUCAUUGUUUUGUAAAUAUAUUGUAUAUUUUUUACAGAAAAUCUUAUUUGUUAGAGAACAUUCCUUUUAUUACCAUCUGAGCUCUUUGGUCGUUAGCUCCUUUGUGUUCUACUGUGACUUCUAAAGAAUUAGAGAUAAUAUUCCCUUAUUAUCCAUGCCCGCAUUUGCAGACUAUAAUGCAAAUAUAGUAGCCACUCUACUGUGGAAACAGUUUGAUCUUUUGCAUAAAAAGAGUACAGUUUUUGCCAUGCAGUCAUUUCCAGAGUACAAAAUGUAAAUCAAUUUCAUGUAGUUAUGCAGCGCUGCAUGUGGAGACUGCUCCAUAACCAAACACCAUGGCAUUCAGGUCAGGAGAUGUUUGCAUUUUGAGUUGUAUUUUCGUUCACUUUGAAAUUCCUGGGAGAUUGUGUGGAUGUUUACAGUUUAAUGAAAGGUUUGUCUGUGCAGUACUUCCCAGGUAAAGCUGAGUGCCACGUUGAAGCUAAGGCCAUUUGAAUCAUUUACUGUAACUUGUUUUUAGGGCUCUGUUGUCUCUGAGGGUGGUAUUUGUAUGACUGAGUAGUCGUGUGUCUGCACUGGUUCUUGUUCUAUUUAUUUGGGUCUGCUUGUUGGGUUUUUAUGGCAUCCCUACUAUUAUAAAGUGCAAUUAUUAUUAUUAUUAUUAUUAUUGUUAUUAUUAU